AUGGUGGGAUUAUUAGAGGUCAAGCUGCAGGCAAUAUUUACAACUUUGGUAAAUAUUUUAAUUUUGACUUCGAAAUUGAUAGAUGACAUUCAUGACUCAGGAGAUACUCUGGCCUCUGCUCCUGAGGCAGAUUCUAUCAUACCUGAUGGCCGCAUUGUCCUGUCUAUUGUUGAUCGACCACCUCGCAGUCUGACCAUUGGUGAAACAGAUUCAGUCAUCAAAAUUCCAACUCCUUGCUACCCUACAAUGGGACUUCUUUUGAAGCACAUGAGUCAUUCAUAUUCACCAGUCGAAAAGCAAAAUAAACGACUCUAUGUUUUUGACAAGCAGGAAUGGAUUAUGCUUGGUCGUUAUCGGCAGUUGAAGACAAUACUGAUAGCUACUGGAAACAAGAAGAAAAUGAGAUGUUGA